ACCCUCUGAAGGAGUUGUGUAACAUUGUAGCAGCAGGGGGCAGGACUUCCAGUGUGACAUUAUGGGAAAAGAGGACUAUAAAUUGAGGGCCACCUCUCAGGCACCUGCAAAGAAACAAGCAAGCAGCAGCUGGGAUAAUUUGCCAAAGUGCAUUUAAGGAUAUUCUACUUCACCGUGAGCUCUACAAACAGACCAACAGCAACCAUGACAGCACACACCAGCCUGCUCCUUCUCAUCACUGUGUGUGUGUCCAUGCAGGAAGGAUUUGGACUUCCACUGUCAGAGAGGCCUAAAUCCAGUGAUCUGGCUCCACCUCACAGAGUGAGGACCAAACGCUGUGCCUGCAACAAUCAGCUGGACUCUGAAUGCCACUACUUUUGCCAUCUCGACAUCAUUUGGGUCAACACACCAAGUAAGACCACUGUUUACGGCUUGGGCAGCCCCCUGUCACGUCGCCGUAGGUCUGCCAGUCGCUGUGUGUGUGCCGACUCUGACGACCACACCUGCACCAGCUUCUGUCAGGACAGAUCUAUGGUCAGAGCCUCUGAGAGAGCCAGGGGAUGGGCCUUUCCACCCAGGAAGGAAGUAGCCAGGGCCCCUGGGCUUAAUGAGCGCUAAACGACAUUGUGUGGCAGACGGAGUGAAGAGCGAGUACCAGAACAAAUGACACUCUAACAUGGAGAGGAGCAGAACAAAGGGCUGCUGAUAGAGAGAUGUGUCACAUGCAGGAAGGCCGCAGACCGGUGGGACUGCCUGUCUGUUUGUCGGUUUGCACCCAUAAAGAGAGGUUGGAAAACAAAAUGUGACAGAGGCCUGAAGACAGACGCUAGAUCCAAACCUUGAGGGAUGGACCAGGCAUGAUGCAUACAGGUUAUUUGUGCAGCAAAAUGUUUAUGUUAGGGGCAGGAGGGACAAGGAUGGUCCAUGCUACUGGCAGACUCUGGCCAGGUAGCCGUAGAGGAGAGAACAGUUUAUGUGUUUAUGCUGGUGUCUGUGUUCAAAACAGUGGCAGACCAUUGCUGUCAUGAUGGAAAGAAUGUAACAGGGAGAAUAUGACUGAUACGAUCAUCAAAAUGAUGUAUGAAAUAACCACUGUGUUUUUCUCAUUAUUUUGCCAAACAUAUUUAAUCUCUCCUUUAUUUGAUUUGUAUAAUAACAACAUAUUAUGAUUGCUAUACAGGUUAUUCAUCAAGGGAAAUGACUGAGGUCAUUUAAAGGUGCAAUGUUUAGGAUUAUACACUGAGUGUACAAAACAUUAAGAAUACCUUCCUAAUAUUGAGUUGUAAAGUUGACUGGAUGUCCUU